AUGCUGCCGACGAACUGCUCGGCGCACAGCCAGGCGGCGGAGGUGGCCACGGCCUCGCUGCUGCUGCUGGAGUGCGGGCUGGGCACGCUGGGCAACGCCGUGGCGCUCUGGACCUUCUUCUUCCGUCUGAAGGUGUGGAAGCCCUAUGCCGUCUACCUGCUCAACCUGGUGCUGGCAGACCUCCUGCUGGCCGCCUGCCUGCCCUUCCACGCCGCCUUCUACCUGGGGCAGAAGCGCUGGUACCUGGGGCGCGCGCCCUGCCAAGCGCUGCUCUUCCUGCGGGCCCUGUGCCGCGGGGCAGGCCUGGCCUUCCUCACCGCCGUCACCCUGGACCGCUACCUGCGGGUGGUCCACUCCAGGCUCAGGGUCAACACGCUGUCACUGCGGGCAGCCUGGGGCAUCUCGGGCCUGGUCUGGCUGCUCAUGGCCGGGCUCACCCACCAGAGCGCCUUCCUCUCGGAGGUGGAGUGCCCCAGCUCCGAACCCCGGGAAGAGUCCUCCUUCCGCCACCUCUGGCAGGAGGCCCUCUUCUUCGUCCAGUUCAUCCUGCCCUUCGGCCUCAUCCUGUUCUGCAGCACGGGCAUCCUCAGGACCCUGCGGAAGCGGCUGCGGGAGCCGGACAAGCAGCCCAAGCUGCGGCGGGCGCGGGCGCUGGUGGGCGCGGUGGGCGUGCUGUUCGCGCUAUGCUUUCUGCCCUGCUUCGUGGCCCGCGUCCUGCUGGCCGCCUCCCGGGGGGCGUGCAGCUGCGGGCUGCUGACCGCCGCGAUGCACGCGGCCGACGUGACUGGCAGCCUCACCUACCUGCAGGGCGUGCUGAAUCCCGUGGUCUACUGCUUCUCCAGCCCGGCCUUCCGGCACUCCUACCGCAAGCUCUUCUACACGCUCACCCUGCGGGCCCGCAGGCUGCAUGCAGAGGCCCCGGGCUGGGACCUCAGAGACUCAGACUCCUGA